AUGGCAGUUAAACGUGAAGUGAACUUUUAUGGAACACCAUUGAAUGCCGUAUCCAUUUCUAAGUCAAAUUUGAUUUUAUUCAUAGCAGCCGAAAAUGGCGUUAUAUUGACCGUAAUAUUACCUAUGGGAGUUCAAAUCGAAUACAAAGAAUUCAAAAUCCAUAGUCAUAGCAUCAAGAAGAUGUGUUUGGGAUCAGACGGCUCAGUUUUGGUUUCUUGUUCAGAAGAUUCGAAUAUAUGUGUAUGGGAAGUGAAAAACACAGCGAAUAAGACUAGAAAGAUUGAUAAACCACUUGUAUAUACUGAUGACAUAUUAGUCAACCUGUCAAAGUACGAUGAAUUGCAUGAAAAUAUCAAGAAAAUUGAAACAGCUGUGAAUAAAUUAGAGACAGAAAAUACAAUUAAUGUAAAUACAAUUAUAAAAUCAAUAGAACAGGAAAUUAAAGACAUAAACAAAGCAAACACAACACAAUAUUAUGAAACCAUUAAAAAAAAUGAAGUAAUGACCUUUGUAUUGAAAAUUAAUAAUAAUACAAUUUUAAUAUAUAAGUGAUUUA